UUAUCAGGGAGCUUUCUGAUAAAGACAAAAUUGUGGAAGAUUAUCUGAAGUGGUAUUUUUUCACCAGAAAUGCUGCUUGUAUUCAAAGGUUCUAGCAAACAGUGCUGCAGAUCUUAUGGAAACAUAUCCUCAGAAGUUGACAUCACAAUAUACAGGUUCAAAGAAGGACUAGCCACACUAAAUGUUCUUGAAGCAAUGAAACAAAAUCCAUCAGGAUUCAUGAAAUACUUCUGUUUUUCUGAGAAAAAAAUAACAGCUGAAAUUAUAGAGAAUCUUUUUAAAGCUGAGUUUAGCCAGCCUGGUAGCAACAGAAGACAAGAGGAACUGAGGAUAGCUGCAUACUGGGCAGACUACUUGUUAGAUAUUGAAGGUAAAACAUCAUUUGCUGAACCAUCUUUGGAAGAUAUCCUCAUGUUCUCAACUGGUGUUUCCUCAAUCCCACCAAUCGGCUUCCAUCCAAAGCCAACAGUUAAUUUCUUGCAUAAUGAGUCACCAUAUCCCAUUGCUCAAACAUGCACCAAUUCUUUAAGCAUCCCCAUACAUAAAACAUAUGAUAAAUUCAAAUAUCAUAUGAAUUUUGGUAUUUUAAACUCACCUGGAUUUGGACAACACUAAAUU